AUGUCAAGUUCUGAGCAAUCAAAAAAUGAAGCUGGAUAUUAUUUUAAUGAUACCAAGCCAAUGGAAAUAUUUGAAUACCCUAGUCAAGCAUCAAAACUUAUUUGGGGUGUCAAUACCAAUAAUAUUUUACAAAUAUCUUCACAAAUUAUAGAAUUCAUUAAAACAAACAAAUUAUCUAUCCAAAUGCCACUUUACCUGAUUGAUGCUUUUUCACGAAUUCGUGUUAAAGAUCUUAAAUUAUUUGCAGAACUUUACCAAAAGAUAUUAAACGAAUUCUCAUGCAUUAUCGUACCUGAAAAUGAGAAAUUGAUGGCACUACUACAUUACAAAGGAAUCAAAUUUGAAAAUUUCAAUCCUGAAUGGGAAGAAGAACAAAUUCUUAAUUUGUUUUCAUCAGAAUCUCCUUUAUAUUAUAUCGCAUGGGAUAAAGUUGAUGAUCUUAAAAGUAAAUUCCCAAAUCUUAAAAUUAAUGAGAGAAUAGGUCGGAUAUUCACGCCACUUGAUUGUGCAAUUAGAUAUGGAUCAGAAUUGUGUUUCAAUUACUUGAAAAAUUUAGGAGCUGAAUACACUGAAUACUCCGAAAGUUUUGCUGUUCAAGGCGGAAAUAAAAACAUUUUUAUGCAAAUGAUAGAAGAUGGUAAAUCAUUUGAUAACACGAUAAAUAUUGCAUUGGAUUAUCGAAACUAUGAAAUUGCCGAGUAUCUUAAAUCAAAUUUUGGACAAACUCCUGAUUCAAUAGCAGAAAGUAUGUAUUUCGGAAAUUAUGAUGUUGCAUCUUAUUUACUUACUAAUGGAGGAGAUAUCAACAAAAUUUAUAAUCUCUUUCUUUUCAUAUUUACCAUUAUUUUAUAA